AGAGAGCUCUGCUCAGGACUUUUCGGGCGCUUUUUUUUCUUCCCUUUUUAGUUCUCUCCCUUCUUUUCCGUCAAUUUUUCCUUCUUCUUUUGCCCACUUUUGUGCGCUUGUGAAGCCCGUGAAUUUCUGGCUCUUCUGCCCUGAGUUGUUUAUCUUGCCUUGGACCCAGAGAAAAAGCGCGGGACAAAAUUUAAUCAGUUUUUUUUUGUUGUUGUUGGUGUUCUUCCGAAAAGUUUCUUUUGUGCCGUUUCGCCGAGAGACAGAGCGAGAGAGAGAGAAGAGCGCGCUGAGCGAGAGCAAAGUGAGUGAUUUUCCUGAUCCGCAGGACUUGCAUCGGCCAGUGCAGGGAGCUUACGGGACAGCCGGAGACACGGCGGAUGCCCCAAAGUGAGUCCGGAGGAAGGAUUUUUGACAGGCACUUGGAGACGAGAGCAUCUGUUGAUUACACACACACUUCUCACUCUCUCUGUCUGUUGUGUCCCUUCGGGGCCCUUCGCGCUCGUCCGGAGUGUGUUGGCAUUUUGUUGUGCGGCGGAAAAGUUUGCGACUCUGAGGCGCGAAGGAAAUGUGCUCCUCAGUGGCGGUGUGACGCGCGAGGGAAGCGCUAGAUGGCCAGUCAGAAUCGGCCGAGCCAGAAGCAUCCGAGCGAGCACAAGCCGGCGAAUCUGGUCUGCGGCUUCUGUGGUUUGAUGGUGGACACCGCGGCGUCGCUGCGAGUGCACAUCCACUUCAACCAUGAGAGUGCCGGCCGCUGGAACAGCGCCCCAUCGCCAACAUCAACCAUGAGGAUCACGUCGCCCAGCGAGGGUGCCUCCGUGUCGCCCACGGACUCGGAGAACAACAAUCAGCCAUUCAAGCGCAAGACACCCAGCGGCGCGCCGGCCGACGACAAGGCCGGCCACCAGCAGAAUCCCGUCGCCGCCCCGGCGGACUCCAGCGACAACAAGCCGCCGUCGCCACUGCACCAGAUCUGCUCCACCACGGCCUUCGAGGACGCGCGCUACGGGCAGCAGCCCGGCUACUACGGCCACCCCUUCCUCGCCCCGCCCUACGAGCCCGGCUACGGCCUGCUCAACAACUACGACGGCAUGCAGAUGAUGGGCCAGCAGCCGCGGCAGCAACACGAGUACAAACCAGUGCCUUCACACCGUUAUCACCCCUAUCAGCAGCCCAUCAACAACCACACUCCGCCCUCGCCCCCGCACCACCUCGCCAGCACCUCCGCGGCCGCGGCGCCGCUCUCCGACACCAUCAUCAACUCCACCUCCGUCAGAAUGCAAAUGGCAACUGAAGGCGAUCAUCAGAUGGUAUCUCCGAAGCAGUGCGACAAGUGUGGCUUCGUGUGUGACUCCGUGAAUGUCCUGAAUGAGCAUUGUGCCACGCAGCACGGCGAUGGGCAGGACACAGACUCGAUGGCGUAUCCCAUGGGUGGCCAGCAGGCGCCGCAGCAUGCGUACAUCAAGGAGGAGACGACGUCGGACAUCCUGGACCUGGAUUCGCAGAAGGUGGUCUAUCCGCAGCACCAUCACGAGGGCGUGCUGGCGGACAACACGGUGCUGCCGCCGAUGCACUCGCUGCAUCCGCUGCAGUCGAUGCAGCGGCACAGCCUCAUGUGGCACGAGCCGCAGUCCAGCUACAUGCCGCAGCAGCAGACGCUCAAGCCGCAGUACUUCCCACCCAUGAAGGCGCCCUACGCGCCGCCCGUGCUGAGCGGCGCCAAGGCGGAGUACGGCCAGUCGAAGGGUGAAUACAUGUCGCAGACGAUUCUGCCGCCGCCGGACGUGAAGAUGUUCGCGGACUCGAGCAAUAACCAAGUGUCCACGAGCCAGUCGGACUUCCCUACCACCACCACGCCGGCGGAGAGCGAGGCGUUCCGCACGCAGUUCGAGCCGGCCACGUCGUCGCUGCCCAGCGGCCAGCAGACCAAGAGCUCCUCGUGGAAGUCGAACGAGGCGCGCCGGCCGAAGACGUACAACUGCACGGCGUGCAAUAAGUGGUUCACGAGCUCCGGCCACUUGAAACGCCACUACAACACGACGCUGCACAAGAACGCGGUGAAGAGCAGCGGGCAGCCGGACCCGGCCACGCUGCCCAUCAGUGCGCACCACCAUCCGGCGCGCGAGGCCAAGAACAACCACCACAUGAGCGCCCCCGAGCCGCCGGCCACCUCGGCCAUGGAGGCGGGCGACGGGGACUUCGGCGCGGCGCAGUACACCGGUGGGGAUUUUCGUGGUGGCCUCCUGGGUCAGGUGACGCAGAGCAACAGCGUGUAUCAGCCACAGCAAUUCUGUCCAAAUCCCCCAAACGGGGAAGCAGGUCCCUCCGCCCUCCAUGCCUCCCAGCCGAGGGGCCUGCUGAACAUGGCCAUCACGCCGGCGUCCCACCAGGAGGUGCCACCACUUACUACCAUCCACACCAUCCACCCAUCCAGCCAGCUCAUCAUCAGUUCAAUAAUGGAGCCGCCGCCGUACAGGCCGGCUACGCCUACGGCAUGCCAGCUCACAAUCCCAUUGCUCCGGGCGGAGCCGCAGGCGAGCUAUCCCACUAUUAUUGGUGAUCACGGCGAGGACGAUCGGGAGGCGUACCACUCGCUGGCCGGCUAUGAGCCGCCGGCGUUCGACAUCGACACACCCGUCACGCGCUUCGCGCACACCAUCGGCGACACCGUGCCGCCCUUCUCGCCGGACAUGCCGCCGGACACCGUGAUGGGGCGGCCGCUGACGCCGCAGAUGGGCGCCGUGGCGCCGCCCGGCUCCCCGUCGUCGCCCAGCGUGACGUCGUCGGCGCGCCAGGCGAAGCCGCGCCGCGCGCCGAGGAGCACGAAGAAGGGCCAGAGCCAGGAGCCGCUCAAGUGUCUGGAGUGCGACAAGGUGUUCAACAAGGCGUGCUAUCUCACGCAGCACAAUAAGACCUUCCACAGCGGCGAGAAGCCCUACAAGUGCCAGCGCUGCGGCAAGAGAUUCCCCUGCGACCAGACGCACGAGGAGCACGUGGUGAAGCACCUGGGCGAGAAGCCCUUCAAGUGCGACCAGUGCCCCAAGCAGUUCAACCACAAGACGGACCUGAGGCGCCACCAGUGCCUCCACACCGGCUACAAGCCCUACUCCUGCGACACGUGCGGCAAGGGCUUCAUCCGCAAGGACCACCUCAUGAAGCACAAGGAGGUGCACAGGAAGAAGGCGGCCGGCGUGAAGAAGCAGUCGGGCGGCGGCAAGAACGCCAACAAGAAGGCCACCGCCGCCGCCGCCGCCGCCGCAAAUGCGCCCAACAACGUCAUCCUAGGACACUAGGCUCACUUUCGGUUGGUUUUCCCUCACAGCGCCGUUGAGCAAUAAUUGUACUCUAGCAAAUAUAUAGAAGAUUAGACAAGUACUGUGACCCUUUUCCCGGUUUUGGGGGAGAGCUUGUGACCUACACAGAGCCUGGCGUUCGGUAAGUUGUAGGCUGUUCUUUCAAUGUGGCCAAAUUUUCCCCUUCAAUUGUUAGUCAACAACAUUGCAUGAUGAAUUUCACUGCUUCCACUCCAAAAUUGCCUGAUUAGUUUCCUCUUCGGAAACGGACCGUUUUAGUUAGACGGGAGUUACGACAAUGGGCGGGGCAUCAAAGUGGGCGUGUUCUGCGAGAGCCAAUCAGUGGCUCUGUGUAGAUUCCCGAAGCUUUUCGUAGAUGAAACACUUUUAUUUUCCAAUUCCUAGAGAUCAAGAAAAGUCCUUUCUCUCCGAGAUGCCAACAUUGCAAAGGUCCUAAGGCGCUACUGGCGCCAGGGACCAGAGAUUCAGGAGUGUUCGCGAAGUGUGAUGUACACCUUCGCGAGUAGAGAUAGCAAAGAAAACAAAAAAAAAGAAACAAGACAUAGAUAAAGAAAUACAACUUUAAGAAGAAUAAAAAAAAAACAUUUUUUACCUACAUAGAGAUUUCUUAUAGAACAAUUUAUUGUGAUUUACGACCGUCAAAGGAAUGAAACUACAAUGAAACUACUUAAACUACCUCUCAUGAGAUUGUCGCUGUUUAUUUUGUUUGUUUUUUUUUAUUUUUUUCUAUAUACAAGAGUUUUUUCUAAUGAAAGCCAGCAAAGUACAAAUAUUGAAUAUAGUUAAAAUAUUGUGAGAAAAAAAUAAUAGGAAUGAAAUAGACACAGUUGAAAGAGAUAAAGUAAAAGAAAAGAAAAAAAUCGAAUAUAGCAAUUUUAUGCCGAAUUUUUAAAGAAUAUUGACCAACGAUCUUAACUGACACUUUAUUUUUCAUUUUGUAAAUCUUAAAAGAGAAGAAGAAUGCGGGUGAAUAAGGGGAUGCGAGAGACACUGAAGAGAGAGAGAGAGAGAGAGAUACUAUUUUGAAGACGAUAGAGUUUAAAUGUAUUAAGUCAGAUUCCAUAUCAGCAAUCUUAACAUAUUUAAAUAUGGUAUUAAAAAGCAAGGCAAGAAAUGAUGGAAUUUUAAGAGAAAUAAAAAAAAGAAAACAAAUUAUAGAAAAUAUUUGAUGCUAAAUCAAUAUUUAAUUAAUAUUAAUACAUACGUAAAUGAAAAAAAAGGAGAAAGAUUUUAAAUAUAUAUAUAUAUAAAAAAUUGAGUAGUUAAUAAAGAGGGGAAUUGAUGACAGUGUUUUAGCAAAAGGAAGGAAGACAAGAAACUAGGAGAUCUAUUCAGGAGACAAAACAUAGCAAACCAUCUACCUCAGGAUGAUCUGAAGGACCUCAAGAGUGCGUAAUAGAUAGUGUGUUAUAUUUUCUGCUCACCUUAAAUCCAAUCGACAAAAAAGAAACCUGUCUCACUUCCCGAUGAAGUGGAAGAAGAUGGCGUAAUAGAGAAAAAAAACCCACCCUCUAAAUUAAAAAAAAGGCAAAAAAAUAUUGAAUGUGUAAUUAAAUAUUAACUAAUGGAGCAAUUCUGAGUCACACACAAAAUAUAUGUAAAAAUGGUAAAAAAAAAUUGUGUUAUAUUGGUUUAACACACGCCUUUGCUACUCUGGUCAACAUGUGUUAAGUCAUUUUGUAUCGCCAGAAUGUGUAAUUUAACAACGACCUUCAGAGGUUGUUUUAAAGAAUGUGAAAUGUGUCAAAAGCAAAUGAGUGACAGAUUUAAAUCUGCAAAUAUCUUGCAAAAUUGAAUCAAUCUGCAAUUGUGGCUCUAAUUUUCAAGCAUAAACAUAAAUUAUGUUUCCGAUAAAUUCUGUUUAUCACAGAUUUACCAAUUAUGAGCUUGAAUUUUAGUAAUUUUGCCAAAUUUCACCAUUUUUCCUCUCUUACACAUUUUGGGGUGGCACUUAAAACACUUAAAACAUUGUUUCAGUGAGAAUAGCAAGGAAUGUUUUUUCCUUAUUAAUUUCGAAUGUUAAAAACUUUACAUGUGUGAAGUUUUUAACAUGUCUGUGUGUAAUUGAGAAUUGCUCUAUAAAUUUAGAUGUAAAGUACCUAAAGAGUAAUGUCUAAUAUUUGAGAAAUUCAUCUGCUGAAUGAUUUUUGUCGAAGAGAAAAGAAGGACAAAAAACAUCCUCCCUUCGAUCCUCCUUCGCCACAGAGACGUUUUUUUUUAUAUAUAUUUUUGAGGAAUGAUGUGAAAAUAGAGAAGAAGAAGCUCUGAAAAUCGUCUCUUUCUCGGGUACCUGCACGCAUUUUUUUCUCUCUCCUCAUGUGAAUAUGUGCAGAAGAAUCAAAAGAGAAGAAAAAAAAAACACCCUCGAAGAGCAGAUGAAUAGCGAAGAGAGCAGAGAAGAAAAUUAGGCACAAAAGAAUGCUGGAAGAACACAUUUUUCGCAUUUUAUUUUCUAUGUGAUGCACAAGCAGAGAUGGACGAUGAAGAGAAAAAAAAAUUGAAGAGAGACCGAAAACGUUUUCCAUUGUGUAUCUCUAUGUUUUUUUUUUGGUUAGUUUGUUGUGUGCGAGAGAGAUUUGGGAAGGAGAAUCGCUGCGGAGAAGGAAUUGCAGAAGAAGAAGAGAGAAUUUUGAAUAAAAUAUUAGGAAAGACUCUAAAAGUGAAUAUUUUCGACAUAUUAAAUUGAGUAAACAAUUUUCAUGUAUUCUAUUAAAUUUAGUGGAGCAAAAAAAAAGUGGUAAUAAAGAAGAAAACAAAGAAUAUCAUACAAAUUUUAUCGAGAAAAAUUUUUCAAAGUGUAGAAAACAAGUUAAGUGGAGAAAAGAAAAAGAAGGCAAAGAAUGACAAACAUUUUUAGUGUUUUGGUUAUUCUUCACAAUGAUUGGUGAAAGACGAAAAGAAGACACAGAAAUUGCAAUUACAAGUUAGAAGAAGACGAAGAAGAAAACUGAUUUACGCGAUAAAAGGUAGAAAAAAAGAGAAGAAAAAAAAUGUAAGAAAAACUGCAUUUGUGAUUCAAGAAAGUAGCAUGAAAUUUUCUAUUGCGUUUCCCUUUCCGUUCGCCCUUCUUAUCGUCCUUCCUUCUCCCUUCAUCUUCUUUCUCUCUCUCUUUUUUUCCCUCUUGUACGCUUUUUCUUCACAACAAUUUCCUGCUACUUUAGCCAUAUUUUUAUGCCUCUCUCUUUAUAAUUAAUUGUGGUAUACCAAACUGAUGAUGUAUUAUUAAAGGUUGUGUUAAAAGUAAAUGAAUUAUCAACUUCACAAAAUAGCGCAUAAAAAUAAUAUUUGUUUCCUAAAAAAUGCCACUCAAUAUUUUGUAAUUAAAACUAAUAAAUUGUAGUUGUUAAAGGAACAAAGCAACAAGUUAUCACGAUAAGAGUAAAAGAAGAAGAAGAAAAAGAAAAAAUAGUUUAAGGUGAACAGAUAACUAAUUAUAUUUUUACUUCCAUGAAACGAAAUAGUUACCAAAAAAAAGAUAGAAAGAAAGAAAGAAAAUGAAGGGAAAUACAAGAUAUCGAAGUGGUGUAAAGAGUUUGGAGAACAAACAAUGUUGAAUUUUUAAGCAUUUUUUAUUGGAAUUUUUGAAAGAAAA